CCAAAUCCGGGCCCGAGUAUUGUUCCAAAAAUAACUUCAUUUGAAUGACGAAAAGAAAUACUCCACUCCAAAACGCCACAGUGAUUUGUGAGCAGGGAAUAAGUUAAUGAUUCCUUAUAUAGGACGCAGUCAUUUGUGCUUAUUUAGCUGGGGUUGUUCUUUAAUACUAUGACGCCUCGGGUGAAGUUUCCUGAAAAUUUGGGCGGAGUGUUGCUGCACAAGUCAGCCUCCGCGUUCCUGUAUCCGGAAACAAAUGACGGUAAAUAGUUCCAGAAGCGCCCAUCAUUGACAAGCUUUGCGAUAGCCGAGCUGACGAGAAAGAUGCAGGUGUGCCUUUCGGUGAUUCCUGUGAUUCUGGCCACUUGUACUGCCACAAAAGUUUACAAGAAGGUGGGUGAUGACGUUGUCCUCAGGCCUGAUGCAGUUCCUGAUACCAGCCCCCUCACAAGCAUCUUGUGGAAGCAUGGUUAUGACAUCGCCAUCCAGUGGGACACGGAGGGUGUAGAGGCGUUUCGUCAAUUUAAAGAUCGCGCUACGCUGAACAAUGUGAACGGGGAGCUGACCAUCAUGGGAUUGACUCAAAAUGACAGUGGCACAUACACACCUGAGAUCAACUUUGUCUCUGCCACCCAAACUCAUCUUGCCGUUAUUUUGCCUGUUCCCCAGCCCACUGUCUUAACAUCCUGUGAUGAUGAGAGGACAAUUUGCACUUUGACAUGCGCUGGCAACACCACGGGAGCCAAACCUGUCACCUACACCUGGAAGUUUGGCGAUUCCGUGGAGACCAACUCAUCCAUGAAGCACAUCAUUCAAAAGGACACUUCAAGCGCAGGCGAGUUCAUGUGCGAACUGCAGAAUCCAGUCAGCAUAAAAUCCAGUUUGUCUACUCGCAGCCCGUUCUUCACUGAGAGCGAAGCGGGUCUGAAGGUCAACACGGGCCUGACAGUCUUCAUCUGUCUCCUGACUGUAGUUGUGGUGCUGGUGCUCUUUCACAAAUUUAGAACAGGGAUGUGGUUCUUCCAAAAAGCUUUCAUGCCAUGGGAAGCAGACUUCUGGAGGAAGGAAGAGAGGCAAUAUGGAGACGCAAAUGAAUCAAACGGCACUACGACUCAUCCAGAGAAAGCACAAGCGGGAGAGGAAACACCAAUGACGUAGAUGCCCCAAAACCCGAGAUCACUUUCUUAACAGUUGCACACACUUCAAAUUUUACGCUACUGUGUGUGUGUGUGUGCGUGUGUGCGUGUGUGUGUGUGUGUGUGUGUGUGUGUGUCCAAGAAAAAAGGGAAACCAGGCAAUCGGACUGAAACGUGAACCCGAGACAAUACCAGGAAAUCCUCCAGCGUGUGCUAUAUUGUUGGCCAACAUUGUUACACGGGUCAGCAGCAGGGUGACAGGGCGACACAGGCUGUGUCAUCUGAGGAUGUACUUUGGUUACAGCGCAACUGUGGGGUGGGAAUGCACUGACGUGAGGGAGCAGAUGAGACGUUUGUCACUCAACAAUCACAUCACUGAGCAGUUCUGGGAGUAUUUUUUGUCCACUUGACUUCUUUUAACACUAAUGUUUGUAACUCAUUUGAUGCUCGUUUUUUUUUUUGUUUGUUUUUUUUGCAUGUCCUUUAACUCAUGAUUAUGUUUCGCCCCUUGUCAAACUACUUAGGGUUUUAUGAUAUGCUUUUAAAGUAACACCGCAGCAUUUGUUGGAGACUGCCUUGCACACAUUCCCUUUUGUUAUUCAAUCUUAUUUUGGUUUGCAAAUGAGUCCAAGUAGAUGCAUCUUAUAUUGCUGUCUAAUAAAACACUAAAACGUU